UGACGGCGCGGACAAGAUGACAGUCUACCCAAAAUGAGUGGGCUCAAAAGUUGGCAGGGAGCUUUUUAUUGGCUGAAGGUUCCGGACAACUUUCCUCUUCGCCGCCACUUCACCAAACCCUUUCCCAGGAUGGAAGAUGUCACUAAAUAUGAGCUGACGGAGGCCGAGGUGAAGGCCUUCGAAUAUUUUGAUUCUGUGGACGCGGUCCUUGAGGGGGAUGAGGCUGAGACGAGGAUUCCCCGUAUUUGGCUUCCUCACGCCAAAUACAUCCUUGGGAAUGAGCCUUUGUCCGCUGUCUUCCUAUGCCGGACUCAUCCAGAAGGGGACGUCAGCUUGGAUUUAGAAGAGCUGGGUUUGGACGACAAGCUACGCCCCAUGGCCCCAAACCCUGAUGAGCCUCUUAUCGACUAUGACACCGUUCAUGGUUUAACAGGUGGUCCGCGAGGUGCUGGCCGGAAUCCUGGACGAGGCGGGCGAGCUGGACGGACUGUCCGCCGUGCCGGCCAUACAUCAGGUCGCGCUCCCGGCCGAGGCGAGCCGACUCCGUCUCGCUCUGCCAUCCAGGUUCCAAUUAACCGGGGUGGUAGCACUACCUCGCGUCGCCGCCCCCGGGACCCUGAGGCUGAAGUUCCUAACAAACGUCAAUCUGUGGAAGUUAACUCCGCAGAUGUGACUGUGGUCGGGGACCAGGGGUUGCCUACCUCUCCUGCCCGGGGUCCGGUGCCGGAGGUUCAGCUAUCUCCCUCUUCUCUCCUACGCAGCCCCGGGGCUGCCGUCGGGUCCAGCUCUUCCACCCGCCAGAAGGUGUACGAGCUUCUGAGCCGGCCAAGCUUUCUCUCGGACUUAGGUCCGGGAAUCUACUGUCGGGCCCAAGAGUGGAUUGAAACUAGCAUCGUCCCUCUUUGUGCGGCCGUGAAAGCUGCGCUGUUCCACCCGCCUUCCACUGUUGGCCAACUUUUUAGGCCAAAUCUGGACGUGAGAGAGGAUGAGUCCAUUUUCGCGGACAUCCCGGCCAAUGGGGGUACGUUGGGGUACCGCCUUCUGAAAGGACUCCAACUGCCCUUUGACCGUCCAGCCGAUAAGUUGGUGGCGCCUGCUGCUCAAUUAGCUCACGACCUUGUCGUGGCCGGGAAUUCUGUUGUUGAGCUUAUAGCUCAAUACUUGGAGUAUCAGCGUCUGGCUGAGAGCGCUAGCGGAACCAUCCAAGGUUUGGAGGCCGACAAGGUUGGCCUUUCUGCUCAGAUCUCUCAAUUGGAGGCCAGCCUGGAAUCUGAGAAGAAGGCUAAGGCUGAGGCUGACAAGGAGCUGGGGGAGCUGCGCUUGAAGGCCAAGGAGCUCGAGGACCUGCAGCUGAAGAAUUCCAACUUGGAAGUCGCUCUCAAAGCGUCCCAGGAUGAGAAGGAAACUGCUGUGAAGAAAGCUGCUGCUGAAGCUCAUCAAGUUGCUGUGGCGGACUUCAAGAGGUCUGAGGAGUUCGUUGGCCUUCUCGGCGAGCGAUAUGAUGGUGGCUGGGUGGCCGCUAAGAGGUGUGUCUGCCAUUCCCAUCCCAGCUUUGAUUGGGAACAGAUGGAAGUCGCCUUUGGCGAGGGUGUUCACAGGCAACCCUUGGCGGACGAGCCCUAUAUCUGCUCUGAGGAAGUUAUUGCCAACAUUUUGCCUACCGCUGAGGAUGAUGCGCCUCCUUCCUGAAGACUUUGGCGGUCAUCUUCAACUUCCUCAAUAGCGUCUAAUAGUUUGUAAUAAUUUAGAUUGUCAGCCUUUGAAUGGCAUGUAAACUAUAUUUUGACUUUUGUUACUGGAUCCAUAAAUGCCUUGUUUUGAGUGGCUGACUAGUUUUGUUUGUAGUUGGCCGCCAAGCCAGUAAUUUAUGAUUCACUUUUGUUAGAUGAACCUUGUAUUUACUUUGAAAAUUUCUGUGUCUGUUACACAAUUGCGUUGGUAGUGCUUAUUUUUC